AUGUCCGCUGCUCGAGGUGUCUCGUUCACCCUGCGAUGGGCCCGAGUGCCCAAGGGUCGCUGUUCUACGAGGCCGUCUUUUACUCUCUCCGCAGCAGCAGCACGGCGGCCCUUCAGCGUCUCCUCCGCAGUCGGCGCCGAUGCCUCCAACAAAGUCCAACUGACCGCCGCCGCAUACCCCCAUAUCAAGCGGAACCCGAACUUCGCACAGGUGACAGAGGAACAUGUCCGAUUCUUCAAGGAUCUGCUCGGCGCAGAUUCAGCCGUCAUCGACGGCGUCACCGCUGACGCCACGGACGAUCUCGCUCCCUUCAACAACGACUGGAUGCGCAAGUAUGGCGGGCAGACGCGGUUGGUCCUGAAGCCCAAGAACACGCAGGAGGUCAGCAAGGUGCUCAAGUACUGCAACGACCACAAGCUGGCGGUAGUGCCGCAGGGCGGAAAUACCGGGCUGGUGGGCGGUUCCGUGCCGGUCUUUGAUGAGAUUGUGAUCAACACGUCGCGGAUGAACAACAUUCGUUCCUUCGACGAGGAGUCUGGUGUCCUCGUUGCGGAUGCGGGUGUGAUUCUCGAGGUUGCAGACCAGUAUCUCGCGGAGCGCGGCCACCUGUUCCCCUUGGAUCUGGGUGCCAAGGGAUCCUGCCACAUCGGAGGCAAUGUCUCGACCAACGCCGGAGGACUGCGUCUCCUGCGUUAUGGAAGUCUCCACGGCAAUGUCCUGGGUCUGGAAGCCGUGCUGCCGGAUGGCACCAUUGUCGACAGCUUGUCGACGCUGCGUAAGAACAACACCGGCUACGAUCUCAAGCAGCUGUUCAUUGGCGCGGAGGGCACCAUUGGCAUCGUCACGGCCGUCUCGAUCCUCUGCCCGCCUCGGCCCAAGGCCGUUAAUGUUGCGUACUUCGGUCUGGAGAGCUUUGACCAGGUCCGGAGGGCUUACAAGGAAGCAAAGGGCCACCUGUCGGAGAUUUUGUCUGCCUUUGAGUUGAUGGAUGGGAAGAGCCAGAGAUUGGUUCAUCAGAGCACUGGCAACAAACGGCCCCUGGAAGGAGACUAUCCGUUCUACUGCCUGAUUGAGACCAGCGGGUCCAAUGCAGAGCACGACAUUGCGAAGCUUGAGGGCUUCCUGGAACAUGUCAUGAGCGAAGGUAUUGUUGCGGAUGGUGUUCUCGCCCAGGACGAGACCCAGAUCCAGUCGCUCUGGCGCUGGCGCGAAGGCAUCACGGAGGCCCUGAGCCACCUGGGCGGCACGUACAAGUACGACGUUUCGAUCCCGCUGCCGGAGCUGUAUCAGCUGGUCGAAGACUGCCGGGCACGACUCACCGAGCGCGGCUUUGUCGGUGAUGACGAUUCCUUCCCGGUGCGAGCGGUCGUGGGAUACGGUCACAUGGGCGACUCGAACCUACACCUGAACGUUUCGGUGCGACAGUACAACAAGGAGGUGGAGAAGGCGAUCGAGCCCUGGGUAUACGAGUGGAUUGCCAAACGCAACGGCAGUAUCAGCGCCGAGCACGGGCUGGGGAUUGCCAAGAAGGAGUUUAUCGGAUACAGCCAGAACGACACGAUGGUGAAGCUCAUGUCCCAGUUGAAGAAGUUGUAUGAUCCGAAUGGAAUUAUGAACCCGUAUAAAUACAUUUAG